CGUCACUGGCAAGCUAUGAGCGCAGUAUCAGGCAUGCUGACAAGUCACGUACGAUUUAUCAGGAAAUAUUCAUUUUCCUUCUUUAUUGUGACGAUAGCCUUAAUCUUGAAACAAAGUAGUGCUUGGUCUGAUGGCUGAUUGGGGUAUGUUGCCAGAGAUGCAAAAUGUCACAUCAGAACAUAAACAUUUGACCAGCAAAAUGGAUGAUAAUUGAAUUAUCCUUCACUUUUAUCAUUCAUUAUCAAAUAAAAGAAGAUGGCUUGUGAGGAAUGCUCUAUUCGGUUUUCUGUCUUCAAAAGAAAAAAACAGUGUGGCAUUUGCCUUCGUUACUACUGCAAACACUGUUUACUUCCAAGAAGAGAUGACUGUACAAUCAAGUCACCAUGUAUACGAUUGUCAGACAAGAAGUACAUGUGUAGAAAAUGCCGAAUUUUGAGUGCUCGUCCACUAAAUCGUUCUCUUCUCCUUCAACUAAGAGUGAGAGAUUUGCAGCUGUAUCUCUCUUCCCAGAAAAUUUCUACAAGAGGAUGUGUUGAGAAAGAUGACUUGAUAAAUUUGCUACUUCAACAUGUCAAUGGUGCUAAUAAUGUGCCAAGGUAUGCAACAACUGGAUUUCAUAGUCAAACAGAUUUAUCUUGGAGAGAGGAGAGGCAAGAGCAACAACAGCGUAGCAAUUCUGCAGAAGAUUUUGCAUCAUACACUGAUUCUCCUGCUUCUGCCAGUAAUGUCAUGGCUGAUCAACCAGUGAACACAUUCCAAAGUAGUACAGCUACAAAUUCUUGUUCAGACUUGGGCAGUGAUAAUGGCAGAAUUUCAAAUGAUAGCAAUUUACACAGAAGCAGUAGCAUAGAUAUCAACUCUGAAAAUCAGUGGAGUAAUACUAAUCAUGGGUCCAUUGAUGGAGUGGUCCAGCAGGAAGAUACCAUACAGAAAGAUACCAAGUUUAAGGCCUGCAGUGGAAUAUCUCUUGAAGAUAUAAAAAGUGCCGAAGAGAUGGAAAAACUUUCCGUGAAGCAAAUAAAGGAAAUUCUGUCACUGAAUAGAGUAGACUUCAAAGGGUGUGUGGAAAAAUCAGAAUUAAUAGAACGCUUGUCUCGUCUCUGGCACGAUAAUCACAAAUCAAGAACAGAGUUGGACAAUUUGAGCCUUCAAGAAUUAUGCAAAAUAUGUAUGGAUGCUCCUAUUGAAUGUGUUAUUUUGGAAUGUGGACAUAUGGCUGCUUGUAUGAAAUGUGGAAAGCAACUAAGCGAGUGUCCUAUUUGCCGGCAAUUUGUUGUGCGAGUUGUGCGAACUUUUCGAGCAUAAGUGAUAAUUUUAUAUUUACUGUUACAAAAAUUUACUUUUUAUGUGUGUGAAUUUUAGUAUUACAUAAAAGGAAAAGUUUUUGUGUGUAUUGAGAUAACUAAAGAUAUGUGCUUUUAAAAACAAUAAAAAGAACAUUGUAAACUAGUAUUUCUAUUACCAGUAGCUUAGAAGGCCGUGUACUUUGUUACCAAUAAAUGACUGGAUGAAUUAAAACUGUAUAUCAACUAUAAGCAUGUGUACAUUGUGCAUGUCAGAUUUAAUAAGAACAAAACUGAAAUAGACCUAUAUUUCCUUA